AUGAAUCCAGGAGCAUACGUCUACUCGAUCGAUCCCAACGUCUACAAUGACUUUACUACAGGCAACACCGGCCACGGCACAAUCGCCAUAAACGGGAACUAUAAUGAUGAGACAAAAUUGAAUGAAGAUUGGAAUGGACCCAUCAAUGGGAUGAGUUCAACUGCAAAUGCAGGCACAAAUCAGCAAAAGUCCGCUGGUCCUUCGCCGUUGGCUUGUUUGGCAUGUCGACAGAAGCAUCUCAAGUGCGACGGCAGACAACCGAUUUGCGGCCGGUGUAAGACGGGAGAGCUCACCUGCGAAUAUACUCCAUCACGACGGGGGUAUAAAGGUCCAUCGAAGAAACGGCGUGCUAACCCCCAGCCCGUGGAACAGCAAGUGAAUGUUGAUCCACAGAUCUUUAAUCUUGAUGGCCGUCCACCGGAGAUCUCACCCGAAUGGCAUAUCCCAAGCAUUGUUGGCUCUGUGCCUUCAUCAACGACGCCUGGUGGCCCAGUAUUCACACCUCCUGACAUAUCAGGGGCGAUUACUGCCAGUGCUACUACUACCGGUACUGGAGGCACUUCAUCAACUACACCACAAGCAGGAACACUACAAUCGCCAAUGACUCCUGAAUCACCACCAAUGGCCUUGGGAAGAGAUGGAUAUCUGGUUGAUGUGUUUUAUUCCAAUUUUCAUCCCGCUCAUCCAAUUCUUCCUCCACCUGGGUUGCUCUAUAAUUAUUCUCCACCUGCAUACCUUGAACUGGUAAUCAAGUUUAUCGGCGCUCAUUUCACGCCAGCUGCCUCUCCCGAAACAUAUCGACAGGCUGUUGUCUCCGCAACCGUCGACCAGGAACCCUGUCCUGAGAAGGUGCAAGCACUGCUCUUACUUACGAUUGUCCUCCAUUCACGAAAUGAGCGUCAAGAAGCUGGAGUGCUUUUGGCGCAAGCUGUGGAUUUGGCUUUCGAACUUGGAAUUCAUCGUAAAUCAUACGCGGAGACAGUGACGGGAGACCCCAUCCGCAGAGAGAGCCUACGUCGCACUUGGUGGGAGCUGUUUGUUAUUGAAGGCAUGUUGACAGCGCUAGGUAUGCGGAGUACUUUUACAGCUGGUGAGGUUCCUCUUGAAGUGCCGCUUCCGUGUGAAGAGCGCAUUUACCAGGAUGGAUUGGCGCCGCCUUACCCGCCUACAAUCAAACAGUUCGACGACCGAAUAUUUGCUGAAGAGGAUAUCACAUUUUCUUCGUUUUCCUACCGCAUCGAAGCCGUCCGGAUCUUGGGACGAGUAGUGUCGUUGUCAACUGCAUCAGGCCAACAGCAACAAGAAGAGGUAGAGUCAGUGGAUGCGCGAAUUGCUUCGUGGUUCCACCACAUUCCAGAUUCAAAGAUGGAGCUCAUGCAGCCCGACGGGACCAUGGAUGAGAUGAUGUUUCAGGCGCGAAUGGUGAUUAACGGUGCAUCAAUCUAUCUCAACUUCCCUCGAUCAGACCUACUCUCGUCUCCGGCCGUAGCCGCAGAGGUAAUCUGCGGUCAUUCGGGAGUAUGUCUAAUGCCGGCAUUCUCACACCAUGCUCACGCGAUGAGAGCCCUGAACGCAGCAAGCGAAAUCUCAACUCUAGCCUCACUCCGGAUGCCCGUCACGAAACACACCCCAUUCUUCAUUUGCGCUCUUGUCUUGAGCUCAAUUGUGCAGUUGGCAGGCUACUCGGUCAAAGCAGGACAAAUGCCGGAUCCUCGCCGUGAUCGUCUCACACUUACAAUCGGCGUAUUCAGAUCUCUGGGUCGGACGUGGGCGAUCUCAAAAUCGGUAAUGAGUCAGAUUAAGGCGGUGGCGCGCGAUGUGCUUGAGAUUGGAGUUCGGCCGCAGGCGGAUCAGAAUAAUCUUGACUUUGCGGCGUUUUUGGAGGGAAGUCAAUAUUGGAUUCCGAGCAUUCCUAAUGCUUAGUCUGUCUGGUUGUGCUGUACGAUUGAUUUACGAGAUGAUGACUUUUUAUUUUUGAUUGAAUAUUGCAAUAUAUCUACAUACCAUAUGACAGAUUAUAUGAUUGUCUUGAUGUUUUCC